CCCGCCCUAACAGGAGUAGUUCGAACCUGUGUAGGGACCUGAUAAUAACUUUUUUUUCUUCUUUUUUUUAAAACAGAAAAGCAGGUUGAUGUUUUUUUUAAUUUAUAUUUUACUUACAUAUUUCGAUUUUUGGGAUCUUUAUUAUUCACCCGCACAGUAGGUGGCGGAAUGCACAUCACAUUGUUGCGAACGCCAUUAUACCACAGAAGAAGAAGAACAAUUGCGCAUAUCUCCCGCUUCACUACAUUGUUGUCAUUUAUCAACAUAUACGGCUUGUUUUUUGCACGUUAUCUUGGAAAUUGAAUAGUAUUUACUUCACACAAGAAAUACGCAUCUGUAAUUUGGGCUGGACAAGAUGGCGAGCUGCAAUUUUCAGGCGCAGUUGGUAUCGGUUAUGGAGGUAUUGGCUAAAGCAGCAGUAGCAGAAAUAAACAAACGUGUAGAUGAUAGCUGUGCUGUUAUACGUUUGGAAAUGACCCAAAGCCAGCGAGAUAUUGAUGUACUGAAAAGGAAGUGGCAAAUGAUGGAGAGCGAGCUGGAGAAGACACGCAGACGAAAAGGUUUUUACCCCGUGGCUGCAGAGAGAUCUUCAUAUCCAGUCAAGAUUGUUUUGAAAAAACAGAGCAGUAACUCACAGUGCAGAGACGAAGAGCUGGCUGUUGAAAAGGACUCUCAACCCCAGCCUACAGAUGUGGAGCAGAGAGUGGAGACUGAACCCAUACUGAUCAAAGAUGAGGAGACAGCAGAGGACGUGUGGAAGACUGACCCUCAGGAAGAGCUCAGGAUUACUGGAGAGGAGUCUGGUUCCAAGCCUGGGAAAUCACCAUCCUUUGGGCAACAGCACUGUGAUGAGGACUUCAUCACGCAACCCAAUAUAUCUCCCAGGGACUCAGUGGAACAUUACCCAAAUUCUGAUCGUCCAGAGGAACCAGGCACACCCCAGCUCGCAUCUACAGAGGUGUUCAGUACAGAGCAGCACCGGCCAGACGAGGACUCACUAGACCUAGUGAUGGUGAAAGAGGAGGAGCUGGAUCAGACCAUGACCCUGGCAGGACCUGACCAGUUUGUCAUGGAUGAGACUGAUGGGCAGCUGUGGACCUCUGUGGAUCCAGGCAGAGACACUGACCCUGAUGGUCACCCAGAUUUCUCCUUUCAUUCCACAGAAGAGUACUCUCAGAAUAUCUCAAUGGUCCCAUCUCAUAGUGGGCUGCCAUCUGUUCCUACUAUGACAGAUGAUGUAGGGCCAUCGCUUCACUCUUCUAUAUGGAAACCACAUGCUAACAUGUUCAGUGCAGCAGCACACAUGAAAAGACAUGUCAGGACAUUGGCUGAUGAGACUAGACAACAGAUGCCAGAGGGACAGAGCAGUGAGAUGCUGAACUCAAGUAAUGAAGGAAAUAGUUUAGCUCUACAGCCAAGACUGCAUCAAUACAGGGCUUCAGAAGCAACAGUGAGAUUGAGUGAGUGCAUGACAGGGUCAAACAUGGCCACCACCUCCACCUUCUCUGGAUACAGCCUGAGUCACAGUAGUUUUAACAUGGUGAAGAGAAUGAGGAGUCAGUGGAGAUCAGGCGGCACCACCGAGAGGCGAUUCAGCUGCACCUUCUGUGGGAAGAGCUUCCAGCGUCUCUGCCAGCUCAAAGAACACCUCCGAAGUCACACCGGAGAGAAACCGUACACCUGUGAACAGUGUGGCAGGAGUUUUACCAAGCAGUGCAACCUGAUCAGACAUGCUAUGGUCCACAGUGGGGAGAAACCGUAUGAGUGCACACAGUGUGGGAAAUGCUUCACCCGGCGCUCCAAAAUGACGUCACAUCAGAGAACUCACAUAGCAGAGAAUGCAGUGUCUCAAUACAUGGUACCCGCAUACCCUGGAGAUCCACACACAAGUUUAAUGUAGUCUCAGAACAGAUGGAACAAAUAGAAACUUAAUUGCAUUGUUUUUCGCUAACACUUUCUAUGUGAAAUUGUGGUACAGAAGGUAUUUUGAGACGUUUUGACAAGUUUUUCCUACGAAUUGAUAUGUGAAUAUGUUUUCAUGUUUGACUGAUGGCUCAUCACUUUCAUUAUAACAACUUAUUUACAACUGGUAACAAUGUGUGUUUGUACCACAAAAUCAUAAAAACAAUGUUAUAUAAUAAAUAAUCAUAUUGA